AAACACUUUUCUUUAAUUUUUUAUCCAAUCACACACACGUUUACUGACACAACUCGUCAAAGUCGCUUGGGUACUACAAAACAUUAUAUUCGAUGAUUGGUCAACGGCUAUCUUGUGGAGAAGUGACGCAAUUUUCUUGACCGCAUCCGAAGGCAGAGGGAGGGUAAAUUUUAAUGGCAGUCACUGGUGCUAUAAAAUAAAUUAAGUCCGGAAUCUGGGAAGGAUUCAUGACAAUUUCGGUUAUCAAUGUAGCUCUUUAAACGCGUUUUUUCCGGGUACAUCUGCGUCGUAUUUGUAAACUGUAGCUAUCGUUGUUGCACGAAGUUAAGGCUUGUUUUGUGCGAUUACAGUACGCCAGAGUCAGACUAGGCCCAGCCGGGUGCAGAAGAAGCGGUCCCACUGAGUUAAGAGAGGUGUGUUUUCGGUGUUUUAAAACGCAUUUCGGACCAUAUCUUGUUUUAAUAUGUAACUAGCUAGCUAAUUUUGAGAGAUGCAUUUCGACACCUUUUUGUUACAGAAAAUAACAUCUUUAACUUUGCAUUUGCUGGCUAACAAUCGUUAACGCGUUAGAAAUGUAAACAUAGCUAGCUACAGUUAGCAGUAACGUUAGCUAACUACUAUACAUGGCUAAUGCUGGUUCUUAGCAGAUGUCCGGCCUUUUUCUUACAUUUGCCCAGUCAGCGGUGUCAUGAGUUGAGCGUUACUAGUUGGCCAGUGAGCUGCCUACGCAACAUCGCGCUUAUGUUUAAUUUCAAUGUGUAACUAGUUAGCUGGUUAGCUAGCUGUUAACGUUACUAGUGCUGAAAAUACAAUAGAUUGAGAUCAGUGUUGAAAGGGAAAGGUUAGUUAACUAGAGCAGGAUAGCUAACUAGCCGAAUAAACUACAAUUGAUUGAACUUAGUCGGCUAAUUAGAUGCUUUAGGUAGCUACUGUGGUUUUAGUGAAUCCAUCAUUGCAAUGACCCCAUCACACCUAAUUUAUUAGCAACGUAAUCUCGAACCUCAGUGCCAGAGCUAAAGCUGAUAACUAGUCGUUUGAUUUAAUCAGCUACUCCAUUAUAAACUGUAUUCAGGGAAAAACAACAUCCAAUCUAUUUUGCAGAGAAUAUGUAACAUAUCAAUCAACAUGACAUCCAGAUUUGGUAAAACCUACAGCCGUAAGGGAGGGGAGGCCAACUCCAAAUUUGACGAGGUCUUCUCCAACAAGAAGGCCACACUGAGCACCAAAUGGGGAGAAACCACUUACAAGGCCCAGCUGGGCUCCAAGCGGCCCCUUCAGAAGCCUGAGGUAGUUGAGUUACUCAAGAGGCCCCGCAUUGAGGAUGACGACAGCUCAGAGGAUCCUUUUGGUUUUGACAGCGACGAUGAGUCCAAUCCUGUCACCUCCCACUGUGUGCCCCAGUCUGAACCAGCUGAAGGUGAGGCCAGUAAUACGCCGCCUGCUACAACCACAGUCCCAGUGGAUAACAGUAGGAACAGCACAGCUACAGGCAAGCAAACAUUGUCCAAUGAGGGUGCAGAAAAGAGUAGCCAGUCCUUGUACAGAAGUAAAUCGGACAGUAACCAGAAGCCUAUUGCUCAGUCCUCUGUUACAGAGACUGUGCCCAAGGACCCUUAUGUGGAAUGGAGCUUAAUAGGGACCCAAAGGUCUUCUACCUCCACUAGCAUGGACCCUCUCCAGGAAAAAGACUCAGCUGAGGCACCAGAGUUUAGCAGAGACUCACAGUCCUCUUCUUCCCAGGAUGGGCUCUCAGCUGGGAUGAAAAGUGCUCAACAGGAGGCCCAGGCCGAGCCUGUUGACAACCUUCCCCCCUCCCCGUUCCUCCUCAGGCCCUCCAACACUAGGAAAUACAUCCGUCCCAAACCCAACAAGGCCUCUGACGUUCCAGAUGCUUCUGCUGCUUGCGACGUCAAACUGCCUGUAGCCGCCAGCGUUCCGGCUGCACUGAAGCCCAACAGUGUGUCUGCUGCCAGCGGUAGCGGCGGUGCUAAUGCUAGCACGACGGCGGCCAAACCUGCUGGCAGGGGUCGGGUACGGGACUAUACGGUGCUGCAUCCAUCCUGCCUGUCGGUGUGUAACGUCACCAUCCAGGACUCCAUAGAGCGCAGCAUGGACGAGCUCAUCACCAGCACACCCCCUACUGACCUGCGGGCGGUGGGACGGCUGAGGAAGAAGGCAGACGUACCUCCAACCAAACCCAACAGGUUCCGCACCACCCAGAGUAAAUCCAAGAAGGAGACCAAGCUGGAGUUUUUUGGCUUUGAGGACAAGGGUGACCAGGAGGGGGAGGAUGGUGCGGACCCCACGGCCGGCGGCAGCAGCUACAAGAUAAAGUACUUUGGCUUUGACGACCUCAGCGAGAGCGACAGUGACGAAGAGGAUGGCACCCGUGUCAAAGAGAAGAGGAAGGCCAAGAAGGCUGCAGCAGCGGCGGUAGCAGCCAUGGCUGUUAGUGUGGAUAGCCCUCAGCCCAGCGACUCUCAGGACAGCCAGAGCAGCAGCAAUACAGAUAUUCUGGAGUUUUCUGAUGACUCUAAUCUUGGUGGGUCUGAAGAGCAGAAGGGUCGUUCAGGAAAACAAGCGGACACAUCCAAGGAAAUUGGCAGGAAGAUCUUCAGUGGACCAAAAAAGUCCCCUGCUAAAGCUGUGUACAAUGCUCGCCACUGGAACCAGCCUGAGCCUGAGGAGAUUCCUCUGCCACCCCUUGCCUGCGCGCACACUGCUCCGGCCAGCAUAUCGAGCGGAAGCAGCAAGGACACCAAUUCUCACAAAGACGACGGUCUGUUCAAAGCGCCUCCUCCACCGCCCAAAGUCAUCAAGUCUGUGACCAUCCCCACUCAGCCUUACCAGGACAUCGUCACGGCUCUCAAAUGCAGGAAGGAACACAAGGAGCUGUACACGGUUGUGCAUAAUGUGAAGCACUUCAACGAUGUGGUAGAGUUUGGUGAAAACCAGGAGUUCACUGAUGACUUUGAGUACCUGGAGACAGGCCUAAAGAGUAGCCAGCCACUCAACACCCGAUGCCUUAGUAUAAUCAGUUUAGCCGCAAGGUGUGCAAUGCCCAGUUUCCGGAUGCACCUACGGGCCAGAGGGAAGGUGGCUCAGGUCUUCAAGAUGUUGAAUGAUGCCCCGCUGCAUCCGAACCUGGCCCUGUGUACUGCCUCUCUGAUGUACAUCCUAAGCAGAGACAGGUUAAACAUGGACCUGGACCGGGCCAGUCUGGAGCUGAUGAUCAGACUGUUGGAGCUGGAGCACGACCACUCGGGCCACCACCAGGACCAGCUCACUGCCAAGGAAAUGACCAAAGUCAAGGAGAAGAUCCGCAAGCUGUGUGAGACGGUUCACAACAAGCACCUGGACCUGGAGAACAUCACGUCGUGUCACCUGGCCAUGGAGACCCUGUUGUCUCUGACCUCGAAGAGGGCCGGGGACUGGUUCAAAGAAGAGCUGCGCUUACUGGGAGGCCUGGACCACAUUGUAGAUAAAGUGAAAGAAUGUGUUCAGAACCUGAGCCAAGAGGAUGACAAGGAGAAGCUGGUGUCAUCGCUAUGGGGGGCAGAGAGGUGUCUAAGAGUACUGGACAGUGUGACUGUCCAGAACCCAGAGAACCAGGGCUACCUGAUCGCCUACAAGGACUCUCAGCUCAUAGUGUCCUCUGCCAGAGGUUUGCGGUACUGUGAGGACAUGAUUCAGCGCUACAGCCGGGAGGUGAAGAGCUCUCUGUGUUCGUCAGGGACGGCGCUGCCCCACUGCAGCUUCAGCAACGUGGGCAAGGCCGUUGAGGACUGCAUGAGGGCAGUCAUAGGGGUGCUACUCAAUCUCACCCACGACAAUGAGUGGGGAAGCACUAAGACUGGAGAGCAGGACCGGCUCAUCAUCACAGCACUCAACUGUGUCCUACGGGUCCCACGCUACAUACCUCAGGAACAACGCUUUGACAUUAGAGUCCUGGGCUUGGGGCUGCUGAUUAACCUGGUGGAGUACAGUGCCAGAAACCGCCACUGUCUGGUGGACAUGGAGUUCACCAGUUCAACCAGCCAUGAAGGCAUCCAGGGAGAGGCAGGGGGAGAAGAGACCCAGACCCCUGAAUGCAUCCAGGGAGAGGCAGGGGGAGAAGAGACCCAGACCCCUGAAGGCAUCCAGGGAGAGGCAGGGGGAGAAGAGACUCAGACCCCUGAAGGCAUCCAGGGAGAGGCAGGGGGAGAAGAGACCCAGACCCCUGAAGGCAUCCAGGGAGAGGCAGGGGGAGAAGAGACCCAGACCCCUGAAGGCAUCCAGGGAGAGGCAGGGGGAGAUCAGACCCCUGAAGGCAUCCAGGGAGAGGCAGGGGGAGAAGAGACUCAGACCCCUGAAGGCAUCCAGGGAGAGGCAGGGGGAGAAGAGACCCAGACCCCUGAAGGCAUCCAGGGAGAGGCAGGGGGAGAAGAGACUCAGACCCCUGAAGGCAUCCAGGGAGAGGCAGGGGGAGAAGAGACUCAGACCCCUGAAGGCAUCCAGGGAGAGGCAGGGGGAGAAGAGACUCAGACCCCUGAAGGCAUCCAGGGAGAGGCAGGGGGAGAUGAGACCCAGAACCCUGAACAAUUCCUAGCCUCCACAGAUCCAGCUACAGCAGCCCUUACAGAGGGUGAGGCUGAGAAGAAGACCAAGGGCUCCUCUUCAAGUGCCCUGGCUGCUCUGGUGCAGUUCUUCCUGGAGCGGGAGCGAGCAGCCAUAUUGGCUGAGGCGCAGACUGAUGACCUCAUCAGCGAACCGCCCAAGCCCCAGGACCAGAGUGGGGAGUGGCAGGAGACGUCGGGCGAGAUUCAGUGGGUCGCUGCAGAAACCAACGACAGCGAGAAUGACAAGGAAAAGGACAUAAAGAAAGACGAGGAAGACGAGGAGCUAGAUCUCAACAAAGCUCUGCAGCAUGCUGGGAAGCACAUGGAGGACAGCAUUGUGGCUUCCUACACAGCUCUGCUUUUGGGUUGUCUGUGUCAGGGCAGUCAGGUUAAUGUGACUACUGUGCGGGAAAACCUUCCCAAGGGAGAUUUCUCAAUCAUGACAGAAAUGCUGAAGAAGUUCUUAAAUUUCAUGAACCUUACUUGUGCAUUUGGCACCACAGGGCAUAAGUCCAUCUCUCGUGUCAUAGACUACCUGGACCACUGUUAGUGAACCCUUCUUUGCACUCUGAGUGCAGAUAAGGGGACAUCUUUUCAGAUCUGGCAACUCAACAAGGGUCCCACCAGAUCUGGCAACCUUAGCAAGGUUAUGUCAGAUGUGGCAUCCCCAGCAGAACGGGCUGUACAGAGAAUCCACCAGAGAUCAUCGGUGUCCCCCAGCAUUGCUUCAACAUGCGUUCUCAUUCUGAAGAACAAGACACACCACACACACAAUGGCCUGUGAUGGUUGUAGAAAAGGGAAGGUAACUGUAGAAAGCCCCUCUCUAAAUUUCAGUUCUGGUUAUGUCCAUUUGCAUAAGCUCGCAGUCAAGUUGAAAUCUUCUGGCGUUUUCUUCAGUGCAUCAUGCUUGUUUAAGUUCUUCUCACAAGGUCAUGUAAUGUAACAUCAUUCUACAUUUAAGAAAUCAUCAAUUCAGGAUGACUGUUAAUGUUAUUUAAGUCUUUGUUUUUAAAUAAUGGCACUUGAAUGCUUUUAAAAAAUUGUUUUACUCAUUGCCCUUCUAAAUUUGACUUUACAGUAAAAAAACUGAGUUUUGUGUUUGUUUUAAAUUUGCAAUUGGUUGUUUUUAUGCUGUGUGAGAUGCUUCAAGUCUCUACCGUUCCUUACCUUUUACAUGUUCCACCUAACACAUCACUUGAAGUGUUUGGAUAUAAUAACUACUGUAUGUACGGUUUUCAUUACACUCCCAGAAACCCUGGUAAACCGGACUGACCUUAAUAAUAACCAAACCUCGGCCAACUGGCAUAAUCCUCAUUGAACAUAAUUGUUGUUUGCCCAUACUGUGGGUGUCAGUGGUGGCUGGUGGCACUUUAAAUGAAGAAGACUGUCUCUUAGUAAUGGUUGGAAUGGCAACAUGUUUGAUACCAUUCCAUUCACUCCAUCCAUUACUAAGAGCCGUUCUCCCCUCACCAGCCUCCUCUGGUGGGCAUUAUAUCGCACCACUUCAAGUAGCGCUGAUCCAGAACCAAGCCCAGGGUUCACCACCUGGUUCUGGGCAGGUGCAGGUUGCAUCCAGCCCUGCAGUAAUUAUCAAAAGUCUGCACACCUAGUACCCUGCGUUGGUGAUCCCUGUCCUAACCCCAACCCCCUAGGCACCUCCAGCUCUGAGCACUGGGUAGUAAAAUGGUGACAAUUAUACCUAGUUUAUCGGAGGGAAAGUGAAGUAACUACCAUACUGCUUUUACCUAUCCUUUCCGAUCUGCUUGUUGUGGUAGCCUCUGGACAGGGCUGUAGUGUUUCUUUACUGCCCCUUGUGUCUUAAGGCGUCAUGUUGGACAUGACCUUCCUACUCUGAGCGGUGAACCAGAACCCCUAAACCUCCUUUCAGCUACUCUAUAACUAGUCCUGUGCUCCAAUAAGAUACUGAUUGAAUGACUGCCAUACAGAUUUAAUUUCCCUCUGAUUUGUAGAGCUGCAAUUGAACAGACAUGUUACCUGCAAGUUGAGUUGCAAAUCUAGGAUGUAUUCAUUAUGACGAUUCUGUUGCAAAACGUUUUUACAAACAAAACAAGGGUUUCUAUUGGACAAAUUCAGUUAGGUCCGUUUCGUUCCGUUUUUCUGUUUGCUUCCGUUUGGUUGUUAAACGGUUUCUGUAAUGAAAGGAAAUUCCGAAUGUAAACACCUGUAAAUAAUGGUUAGUGGAUGUUAGAAUGCUAGACUACUUUUCUGAAGCUGAUAUUUUUUAUUUUCUACAAUAUUUCUGAGUUGUCAUUUUGAAGUAAAAACAAAAAAAUACAAAGACAGCUGCAGGACGAAAAAAGUUUGUACCAGUUUUGAGGACGUUGUCUUUGAUUACAUGUAAAUAAUUGUAACUCAAAUAAAAAGUUGCUACUUUUGGUA